CAGGCCAGCAAAAAUACUAUGAUUGUUCAUAGAGGGAAGCUUCCCGUAACAGUUCAACCCUUAUUAUAUGAGUAGGAAGAGAUCAAAAAUGUCUUCCAGUGGCACUCUCAGUAACUGCUAUGUGGACGCUAUAAUGGGGCAGGAGCCGGAGGAUGUGUACGGUGCUCGGUUUAUUCAGGCUCCACACACGGUGACCCCGAGGCCGUCAGGUGCUGGGGACAACGCAGACUUCUCCUCUUGCAAUUUUGCACCAAAGUCCGCCGUUUUCUCAUCGUCUUGGUCCCCGGUUCACCCGCAGGGGAUUUAUCAUCCGUAUGUGCACCACCACCACCACCACCACCACCAGUCCCAUCUCCCCGCCUCAGACGGCAGAUAUGUCGGCGUCCGCUCCUGGAUGGACCCCAUCUCCAACCACGUUUCGUUUGCCGGAUUUCACCCUAGCAGUCGCCCGUACGGGACAAAGCCAGACGUCUUGCCACCGAAAACGUCAGAUUGCGACACGUCGGAGGCAGAGGCUCGGCCGCUCGCCGGUCAAUACGCGUGUGGAGUGUCGGAGUGUCCAGAAAAGGCGAGCAAAGAGCACAGUGGAAGUGAGCUUUCGAGCCACAGCGAGCCCAAAGACGAGAAACAACAACAACUUGACCCAAACAACCCCGCAGCAAACUGGAUCCACGCACGAUCCACGAGAAAGAAGCGAUGCCCGUAUACGAAAUAUCAGACUUUAGAGCUGGAGAAGGAAUUCCUCUUCAAUAUGUAUCUGACCAGAGACCGACGCUACGAGGUGGCCCGCAUACUCAGUUUAACCGAGAGACAAGUGAAGAUCUGGUUCCAGAACAGGAGGAUGAAAAUGAAGAAGAUGAACAGAGAGAGGAGCGGCAAGGAGCAGCUAUGAAGUCCACACAUGUGAUGUUUGUACCAAGGAUCUGAAAAAUUAAAUUUUAUUUUUGGUAGGA